AUGGAUGGAGGGGUGGAGAAAGCGAGCCGACGGGUAAAGUUUGGGAAACCUCUGGUGACAGGGGGAACCCUCUCAGUCCCAAAGUGGAGAAGGAGACAACCUCGAGUGGUGGUGAUCGGCGCUGGCCUGGCCGGUCUGGCCGCCGCCAAAGCCCUCCUGGAGCACGGCUUCACGGAUGUCCUAGUGCUCGAGGCGUCGGACCGCAUCGGAGGCCGCGUGCAGAGCGUCAAACUCGAACACGCCACCUUUGAACUGGGAGCUACCUGGAUCCAUGGUUCCCAUGGAAACCCCGUCUACCAUCUAGCAGAAGAGAAUGGCUUGCUGGAAGAGACGACGGAUGGGGAGCGCAGCGUGGGCCGUAUCAGCCUGUAUUCCAAGAAUGGCGUGGCCUACUACCUCACCAACCGUGGCCAAAGAAUCCCUAAGGACGUGGUUGAGGAAUUCAGCGAUUUAUACAACGAGGUCUAUAACCUGACCCAAGAGUUCUUCCAGAGAGGUAAACCAGUCAAUGCUGAGAGUCAGAACAGUGUGGGCGUUUUCACCCGAGAAGAAGUGCGAAAUCGCAUCAAAGCCGAGCCGGAUGAUUCGGAGGCCACCAAACGCCUGAAACUUGCCAUGAUCCAGCAGUAUCUGAAGGUGGAGAGCUGUGAGAGUAGCUCCCACAGCAUGGACGAGGUGUCCCUCAGCGCCUUCGGGGAGUGGACGGAGAUCCCGGGGGCUCACCACGUCAUCCCCUGCGGCUUCAUGCGCAUCGUGGAGCUGCUGGCCCAGGACAUCCCGGACCGCGUCAUCCAGCUGGGCAAGGCGGUCCGCUGUGUGCACUGGGACCGGGCGGCGGCCCGGCGCCGGGGCCCCGAGAUCGAGCAGCUGGCCGACCACAACAAGGACACGGCCGAGGAGGGCGGCGAGGAGCCCGGGGAGGAGCUGGGCCAGGGAGGGGGCGAGGAGGGGGGCCAGUGGCCCGUGGCCGUGGAGUGCGAGGAUUGCGAGGUGAUCCCGGCCGACCACGUGAUCGUGACCGUGUCCCUGGGCGUCCUGAAGAAGCACCAUUCCACGCUCUUCCGCCCGGCGCUUCCCUCCGAGAAGGCCGGGGCCAUCCGCCGCCUGGGCAUCAGCACCACGGACAAGAUCUUCCUGGAGUUCGAGGAGCCCUUCUGGGGCGCCGAGUGCAACAGCCUCCAGUUCGUGUGGGAGGACGAGGCCGAGAGCCGCAGCCUCACCUACCCCGAGGAGCUGUGGUACCGCAAGAUCUGCGGCUUCGACGUGCUCUACCCGCCCGAGCGCUACGGCUACGUGCUCAGCGGCUGGAUCUGCGGGGAGGAGGCCCUCGUCAUGGAGAGGUGCGACGACGAGGCCGUGGCCGAGAUCUGCACGGAGAUGCUGCGGAAGUUCACAGGGAACCCCGACAUCCCGAAGCCUCGCCGGAUCCUCCGCUCCUUCUGGGGCAGCAACCCCCACUUCCGCGGCUCCUACUCCUACACCCAAGUGGGCUCAAGUGGGGCUGAUGUGGAGAGACUAGCCAAGCCACUGCCUUAUACAGAGAGCUCUAAGACAGCGCCCAUGCAGGUCCUGUUUUCUGGGGAGGCCACCCACCGGAAGUACUAUUCCACCACCCACGGCGCCCUGCUCUCUGGCCAGCGGGAGGCAGCCCGCCUCAUCGAGAUGUACCAAGACUUUUUCCACCCUGGGACCUGAGGCGCUCUGGCUCAGAGUCCCUGACUCAGGACCCCCUUUCCCAGGCCUCCCCUUCGGCAAGGCCCCUGGGAUCAUUUUUCCUGAUCCUGAGAAAAAUCGAUUUUUUAAGCUUUUUAUUUUUUUUAAAUGCAGACGCUCCAGCUGAUUUACCCGGGGCACCCCCUGCAGCUUCCUUACACUCUGCACUGCACCUUCUAACGGGCUGUGCUGGGGAUCCCUUUCUAACCCCCGGACUGAAUCUCCUUGCGCCCCUCUGACUGGACUGCCUGGUGCUCUCAGUGUUCUCCCCUUUCCCUGCUCUGUAUUGUAAGUGCCUUCGAUACUUUUGGAAUAAAAGAGGUGUCUGAGCCUG